AAACAAGUCGCGGCCACGGUCCAAGCGCUUUCGGAGCUGCAGUAAUGUGUUCGUUGGGUUAUCUUGCCUCUGCUGAGCCCUGCUGCUCGGUCGCCCUGGGACGUUGUUCCCUCUCAGAGAGUUUUACAGACUCUAACAAAUAAAGUGGGCCGUUUUGUCAGCAGGGUUUCUCCGCUUAUUGUUUUGCUGCUGCUGUGACAGGAGCUACGGAAACAUGGCACCCGUUUAAUCACUGUAGGCUAACGCACAGGGCGUCACAGACAAGAUGAUCUACAUCAUAAUGGGAGUCUCGGGUUGUGGAAAAACCAGUUUGGGGACAUUCCUUUCUGAAAAGCUUGGCUGGCCCUUCUAUGAAGGCGAUAACUUCCACCCGCAGGAGAACAUUGAGAAGAUGGCUCGUGGAGAACCGCUCACAGACCAGGACAGAUUUCCUUGGCUUCUCAGACUACAUGAAGUCAUUGAGAGAGAAAGGUCUUCAGGCUCAGAUGCUCUUUUAGCGUGUUCAGCUCUGAAGCGCCUCUACCGGCAGAUUCUCCUCCACGGCUCCACGGUGGUGGCACCAACCAGUAGCGCCUCACUUCCCUCCUCUCCAGAGGUCUUCUUCCUCUACCUGCAUGGCGACUACGAUCUCAUUCACCAGAGGAUGGUGGCCCGACAGGGACAUUACAUGAAGGCAGAUCUGCUGCGCUCUCAGUUUGAUAUUUUGGAGCCUCCGUCAGACGAGGAAAACGUGCUCACGCUGGACAUCAGGAAAAGCCGGAGCGAGAUGAUCCUGGAAGUAGAGAAGCACAUUGAGAGUCUGAAGUUGUGAAGCUGUAAUCGUGGCAAACGAAUGGGAACACUACGUAGUUUAUUACUUGAGUGACUAUUACCCAUUUUUUCAUGGGUAAAUGAACUGAACUUUUGCUUUAUUGCCCUGAAAAGGCCCUCAAAUCCAGAUGUCUUAAAUGUUUCAUAUGAGUAAUAAGCAUAUUAUUUGCUACAUAGCGAUAACUCUUUUUGAUCAUUUUCCUCUUUUCUUAACCUACUUUUUUGUUUUCAUAAAAUGAAGUUCAGAAUUUAUUCCUGAGUGGUGUUAUACGUGUUUUUCUCCCCGAAAGAAAUACUAUUUUUUAUAAUCAAUUGUCUUUUUAUGGGAAUCAUCAACAUGAUAGAAGUUUACUUUAUGAUCACAUACUUGCUCACUAGGAAGUGAAUUCCUAGAAAAUGUUCUCACGAUAAGUAAAAGGAUUUGCAGUAAAACAUUUUCAAGAUUAUAAAAAGUAAAAAUGUGUGCAAAGUUAAGAUUGAAAUUAUUCAUACUCCUGGCAGAUUUAAGUUUAAAGUAAUAUUUUAAUUUUGCCAACUUGUUUCUUCUCACUGGAGGUAAUCUUAAUCUUUUUAGAGUGGCUGAAUUAAAUCUGAUUAGGAAUCUGUGAAAGGAUCUGAAGAUUAGGAUGAUGACAAGGAGCCCUUCCACUCAAACAUUUGGAGCUCAUAUAGAAAAAAAUCCACCUCUCUGCAAUUUUAAGGAAAGUUUGAUUUGCUGUAAUGCCUAUAAAGAUUUUGCCUUUGAUUAUUGAGAAGGGUAUAAAAUAUUACACAUUUAUUUUUUAUUAUAUGCAAAUAAAAACAGUUGUUUUAUUCUU